AUGUUCCGCGCAAAUGUCUGGAGAGACUGAGAGAGUGGAUACUCUACGUUCAAGGGGAGUAAUGAUGCGCUUACAUGCUUUUCGGCACUUAUUGGACCUUCCUUGAAACCAAGCCCAAGACGAGCUCCUCUCUCUCCCUCCCGCUCGAGAUACUCUAGAUCUUGACCAAUUUCUUCUGUCGUUCUCACAACAAGUCAACAAAGCUUCACCAUUUCCCGAGAAUCCCUCUCAGACUCUGUGUUGACCACCAUUGCCUCCACUUGAACAUCCAUUGCACGCUCUCUGAAAAUUUCGACGAAAUUGCUCGGUAUUUUCGCGCUAUUUUGUUCAGAUUAAUCUCUUAUUUGAGUCCCAAUCAAGUAGAGACGUAAAUUUAACUUCCUUUAUUUUCGGAUACUGGAAAAAGAUAAACAUUCCAAGCUAGGGUUUUCAUCUCGAAGAAAUGAAAUAUUCUUUCCAUUGGAGACAGAUAGUAAGGAUAUAUUGAAACCCUAGUUAUUUGCCCAUUUUCGAAUGUGUAGAGUUUGCAUGUGCUUUUUGUAAAGGGGAAGGUGAUGAUUUGAUUGAAUGGCGCUUAAGGCUUCAGCUCCUGAAGCUGCCAACGUAGCGAUUCAGUCAAUUGGACGUGGAUAUGAUAUUUCACUGGAUGUGAGGCUCAAGUAUUGCAAAGGGGAUUUAAGUGCUCCCCGCUUGAUUGAAUUUGGUGAGGAUCAAGGCAGGGAGAUUAUUCUUCCGGGUGGAAUAUCCAUUCCCAAUGUGUUGAAAUCGAUAAAGUGCGAUAAAGGAGAACGGACGAGGUUUCGGUCUGAUGUUAUUUCUUUCCAGCAGAUGUCAGAGCAAUUCAACCAAGAAAUAUCUUUGACUGGGAAAAUUCCUUCAGGCCUUUUCAACUCUAUGUUUGAAUUUUCAGGUUGUUGGCAGAAAGAUGCAGCCAACACAAAAACCCUUGCUUUUGAUGGGAUGCUUAUCACUCUAUACACAGUGCAACUGGAUAAAUCUCAGAUGGUACUGUGUGAUCAUGUGAAGGACGCCGUCCCAUCAUCAUGGGAACCCGCUGCAUUGGCAAGGUUUAUUGAUAAAUUUGGUACUCACAUUGUUGCUGGUGUGAAGAUGGGAGGGAAGGAUGUAAUUUAUGUAAAACAACUGCACUCAUCAGCUCUUCAACCUGCUGAUGUGCAGAAAAGGUUAAAGGCUAUUGCAGACGAGAGAUUUUUAGAUGCAAAUGGCCAAUGUAGCCUGGAUUCAAAACAGAUCUAUCACAAUAACAAGCAUGAAAUCAGGGAGCAGCGGCUGAGGUUUGUGGACACUGGCGCCUCAACUUCUCACUCACACAAGGAGGAUAUUUUGAGCAUUUGCAAGAGGAGAGGUGGAAGUGACAACCAAAAUCUAACACACGAUGAGUGGUUGCAUACUGUCCCCUUAGAACCUGACGUGAUCUCAAUGUCCUUUAUCCCAAUUACCACUUUGUUGAACGGUGUCUCUGGGAGUGGGUUUUUGAGCCACGCCAUAAAUCUCUAUUUACGCUAUAAACCACCAAUCGAAGAACUCCAUCAAUUUUUGGAAUUUCAGCUGCCGAGGCAAUGGGCACCUGUGUUCAGUGACCUCCCACUUGGUCCGCAGCGGAGGCAACUAAGUACAGCAUCUUUGCAGUUCAGCUUUUUGGGUCCCAAGCUUUAUGUUAAUACCACACCGGUUUAUGUGGGUAAGAGGCCUGUGACUGGUCUCCGGCUGUACCUAGAAGGCAAAAGAUGCAACCGCUUGGCCGUCCACUUACAACACCUCUCCUCCCUACCAAAAAUCUUGAAACUGGAAGAUGACCCAAAUGAAAACUUCCGAGUGAAGGCCUACGAUCAUAAAUACUAUGAGAAAGUUCAGUGGAAGAACUUUUCCCACGUCUGCACUGCUCCAGUGGAAUCUGACGAGGAUCUUUCCAUAAUAACCGGGGCCCAAUUACAGGUCGGGGAUUACGGCCUCAAGAAAAUCCUUUUCUUGCGACUUCGCUUCUCAACUGUUUCUGGAGCCACAUUGGUAAAGCACCCAGAAUGGGCCGGGUCGCCGGGUUUGGCCCGUAAAUCUGGACUCAUAUCGACCCUUAUUACUCACCAUUUUACCACAACAUUUAUGAAACCGCCCCCGCAGCCUGCGGAGGUGAACAUAAACUCUGCUGUUUACCCUGGAGGCCCACCGGUUCCCGUCCAGGCGCCGAAGCUCUUGAAAUUUGUUGACACGACGGAAAUGACGAGGGGCCCACAAGAAAAUCCGGGCUACUGGGUCGUUUCUGGGGCUAGGCUUAUUGUUGAGAAAGGAAGAAUCUCGCUCCGGGUUAAGUAUUCGUUGUUGACUGUGGUAUUACCUGAUGAUGAAGUGCCAGAAGAUCUGUAACAGCCGAAGAUCUUUAACUGUAGGCGUUCUCAAUUUGGAAGAUACAGGCUUUUUAUCAAAGCAGAAAUAGAGCUUCGGAAAACAUACGCAGUGGUAUAAUCAUAACGGUGAUUGUAUUUUAGUGUGAUCUUGAUUUCUUCUUUCUCAUGUGAUGUAAUUUUGGUGUCUUAUAUAUCUAGAUUUUCUCGACAUCUUGAGUGAGGCAUUAGGGAUGUCAAAUGCAUUUUGCUUUUUGUAUUUCUCCUCUAGGGUAUUUAUUGCCUGUAAUGAACACCAUUUAUCAUUCCAUAAAGGAAUUUCACUGAUGAAUUGUAACAAUAAUAGUAUAUGUCAGCGGUUGCCUGAUUUGCAAA